CAAUUUUUCGUCCACACAUGCACCAGUACUUGGGGAAUCCGGUUUAGAGACGGCGACAUAAUCUAGACUACACCUAGAACUAGAACUACGGAAAAAAUACUUCAUGUUCUAGAAUAGCCUACUCUAUCCAAGCUUAUCCUAGUACGGCACAGAGCACGCCUCUCAAAAAUAGCUGUGACAACAGCUGCGGUGCAUUCUGUGGUCAGUGGUACGCUAAAGCAUCCGCUGCGGGGGAGCUUUGCAUGCAUACCUCCAUAGAGCAACGACCUGCCACUAUACAUCGACCUGUUACUGCAUUGUAGGGAUUGUCCAAGCCAUCUGUCUUGGUUAAAAACAUCGAUUCGGGCAAUUCCAAGAGGCCGGCCUCCGUGCACUUUUACGCACAAUGAGCGCAAACGAAUCUGGGAAAGGGAAGGGCGUCCCCCUGAGACCAGCGAACCCAGCAGCAGUCGAUGCCAUCACGAAUGGGACAAAAGCAGACAAUGUCCCCCAAAAUGAAUCUGCCUCGUUCGGGCCAGACUCAUUGCCGGAGAACUGCGUUGAGUACAUGAUCUUUCUUAUAGAUCAGCAACUAGAGCCAAACAAUGUUUUGUCAAGUUUAGAAGCUGUCAAAAAGGCGGGCGUUCAACUCAUGGAAAGUCUCGCCAAGGAUUACAUCUGGCAACGCGACGGCUUCAGCUUGGAGAUCAAAAGCCAUGCGGGGCUGCUACAUCUUCACGGUGUCACGGAUCACGGCGACUCGGUGGAGGAUGAAUGGCUCAUAGUCUAUGUGCUCCGUGAACUUACCAAGUCCUUCAACAACAUAUGGAUUCGUGUCUUCGACAGCGAUGGCGAGUUUCUGCUGGUCGAGGCGGCAAACGUUGCACCCAAAUGGCUCAACCCCGAGAUGGACGGCAACCGAGUCUGGAUCCACCAGGGGAAGCUGAUGCUUGUUCCGCUGGCAGCAGGAGAUAACGGGGCCAGCAAGUCCAUCUCGCUCCCGGAUGCCGUUGCCUUCAUCAAAUCUCAAGAAUCCUCGCUGGUGCACUCCUCCUUCGUCGAAUCCGAGGCAUUCUACCGGCUGGAAAAGUACCCCCGACAGAUCACCGACUCGAUCCACUGUUCGCUCGUCACCAUCCCCAGGAAAUUAGCAUACGUGAUACACGACAGGCCCAAGGCCAUCGCGCCGGCAGUCGAGGCCUUCUACCUGCGGGACCCCAAGGCGCUGAAGCCGCUCCUGACUGACCCGCCGUCCCGCGAGCUGGAAUUCCCGCCCGUCGAUCUCGUCACCGUCAGCGUACGGUUCACCAAGGUACUGUUCGCCCAGCUCCGGUCGCAGCGGUUCGAGCCGCCACCGCCAGCCUGGGCCGAGCUCCUCCCGCCACUACCAUCCGAGUCCGACGUGGGGGCUGAACCACACUCGGCGCGCGCACAGCUCGAGAUGGGCAUGAAAGUUACCACUGGGUUUGAGCUACUGGCUGCCGGCGCGGAGAAGAGCCGAAGCCGGGUUGCCCGCGAGGUGGCAAUCGUCCUGGACGAUCUGAGGGAGGAUGGCGCUGAUGCGCUGCCCAGUGACGCUGAUAUCCGCGCCUGGAAGGACGUCGACAGGGACGACGACGAGUCUUGGCUGGAUAUCAACUACGACGACUUCGAUCGGGAGCUGGACGGGAAAAAGCGGGCUGGCGCCGCGGGGGACUCGGGCAAACGGGAUGCGGGCUUCGGCGCCACCAACGCCCAGGCAGAUCUGCGCAAGAUAGUAGAGCGGUUCGAGGCAUUCCUCAACGACGACGACGCCGGCAUCGAUGGCGCCGAGGUGGAUGACAUGGACAUGGAUGAUGAUGAGGAUGACGACUCUGACGAAGACAGCGAUGGAGAAGACAAAGAAGUGAGCUUUGACGAGGAAGAGUUUGCUCGCAUGAUGAGGGAGAUGAUGGGUCUGCCCGCGACGGAUAGGACAGGCAAGUGUCCUGCCAGGCCAGCCGCUCCGCCCAAGGGCUCUGCGGCAGCGGGAGAGGAUGAACAGGAAAUCAAGGCCAUUCAGGAGCUAGCGGCUCAAAUGGAAGCAGAACUGAAUGUACACGGCGCACUGAAGCUUGAUCCAACACCCAAGAAGCUCGCCGCCCUCAAGGGAAAGGCACCAGCAAGAGGAGCAUCGUCAAGCAGUAAGAUGCCUGUGGAGAAUCUUGACAGUGAUGACGACGAUGAGGACGACGAGGAUGGCGAGGACGGCGAGCUCAACAUAGACUAUAACCUUGCCAAGAAUUUGCUAGAGAGCUUCAAGAGCCAAGGUGGUAUGGCAGGGCCAGCAGGUAACAUGUUGGGCAUGAUGGGUAUGGGUUUGCCGCGCGACGAAGACGACGGCAGAGACGGAAAGUAAUAUGCGCCUCGGCAGGUCUGACGAUUGGAAGCCGAUAAUUUUCGUUAGAUCGAUGGCGCGAAACGGCAUGCCCUACUCCCCUGGCUGCCGACGGCUCGAGGUACAGAAACAAGUUUAAACAUAUAACGGGAUGCGCUGCCUUCCUCAAUAUAGUGAGUUUGUUACCA